GGGCGCAUGCAUUGACUAACCCCAGCAAACAUUGGGGGGGCGCGCAUGCAUUGACUAACCCCAGCAAACAUUGGGGGGGGGGGCGCGCAUGCAUUGACUAACCCCAGCAAACAUUGGGGGGGGGGGGCGUACGCGUUGACUAACCACAGCAAACAUUGGGGGGGGGGCGCGCACGCACGCAGGCAGGCUUCUCCGCGUCUUCUUGCGCGUGGCGCGCGCGCGCGCUCCCCGCUGCCUCUCCUCAGUGAUGGGGUUCGGAGAGCAGUAGCGGUGGCAGUUGGAGGAGGAGGACGACGGUAAGCGGUCCUGCGACCUCCCCGGUCAGCGUGCGGCCGUUCCGCGGCGUCCGUGUCGCCCCAGGACGGCGGGAGUUUGGGCUCGGCGCUCGCUUCGGGUUGCACACACAAUGUCGAGUGAAGAGGAAGCACUAUAGCCAGAUCUUUGAGAAGGCAGAAUUCAAACACAUUUACAUAAAUGGCAGACGAGGAAAGAAACAAAACCACAACUGUGCAGAUUGGACAUAGCCUUUAUCUCUCUGUCAUCACAAACCAGAACAUGAACUUGUUUAUUCGGGGAGUGGUCCUAUUUUCCAUUGGUGUGUUCUUAGCACUUGUAUUGAACUUAUUGCAGAUUCAACGAAACGUUACUCUUUUUCCUCCUGAUGUGAUUGCCAGCAUUUUCUCAUCUGCAUGGUGGGUUCCACCAUGUUGUGGCACAGCAUCUGCUGUGAUUGGUCUGCUUUACCCCUGCAUUGACAGCCAUCUGGGAGAACCACACAAAUUCAAGAGGGAAUGGUCCAGUGUAAUGCGUUGUGUGGCAGUUUUUGUUGGUAUAAACCAUGCUAGUGCUAAAGUAGACUUUGCCAACAAUAUGCAACUAUCUCUUACAUUAGCAGCACUUUCCAUUGGAUUGUGGUGGACAUUUGAUAGAUCUCGAAGUGGUUUUGGACUUGGAAUAGGAAUUGCCUUUCUUGCAACGUUAGUCACUCAGCUUUUAGUCUACAAUGGUGUUUAUCAAUACACAUCUCCGGACUUCCUGUAUGUUCGGUCUUGGUUACCUUGUAUAUUCUUUGCUGGUGGAAUAACAAUGGGAAACAUAGGACGCCAGUUAGCAAUGUACGAGUGUAAAGUUAUUCCAGAGAAACCUCAUCAAGAUUGAAGUAAUAUUAUGGAAAUUUGAAGAUUUCAAAUAGACAAUUGGAAAUCAGGAUGAUAUGCCAAAUGAAUGUAAAAAGCUGUAAAUAAUGGUUGCAAUAUGAAAUUGCAGAAGCUGCAGUUUUGUUUUUACUUAUUCACUCUGCUACAUGGAAUGCAAUCUGUGAUUGCUGGUGGUAUAAAAAUGUUUUGUUAGAACUAUUGUAUGGAUAAUAUAUGUGCAAGACCAUAAAUCUAUGUGCAACUCUGGACUCAUUUUUAGAACAUAGAAGAUGUUUUUAUUUGCACAUGUGUGGUAACCCUAUAUGUAUUUAAUCUGAGCAAAAAACUGAAUUUUUACUCAUUUAAGAUACUCAUAAGGCAGAAUCCUGCAGUUAUUUAGUUAGCUUAAUUUUUAAACACUUUUUUUAAAACAAAAACUAAGUUCUAUUUUCUCAUUUCACCAGUUGGCAUGUCUGUUUAGAAAGUUCAGGAGAUUCAACAAAGUUUAAUUUAAGUACAACAUUAUUAUUCCUGAUUUUUAAGAUAUUUACUAUAUAGGUAAUAUUUCAUGCUUUACAAGAAAUGUAAUUAUCUGAACCUCCUGGCUCCUCCCCAUUUUUAGAGUUCUGCUUGUAGCAGAAGAAAAAAAUAUUUACAGAUGCAUGAAACUGCUUUCACCAAUAUAUAUUUACACAAAUGUGUGAUGUUACUUAAGCAAUAUGCUGUUUAUUGAUACUUCAAAACAUUGUGAGCACAGCAAUUUGCUUUAAAAAAAGAACAGGACUUCGAUAUCUCCUUCAGCAUUUACUGUUGAAUAUUUUGUGAAAAAAAUUAAGAAUGUCUUUUGCUGUAUAUAUUUUGUUUAGAAUAAAGAAAAUUAAUUUGUGGAAUGAGCACCUUUUAUGGAAGCCAAAUUAAUCAGUUUCAGUUAAAUGAAGGUAUUUAUAGUGCAAAUUGUUUUUAUUUGUUCUGUUUUAUUCAUCCAAACAAAGGAAUACACAUAAAAUAUCCAAUUUUAAGUGGGAGUAAAAUAAUUUGGCCUCUUGGGUAUUGUAGACCAAUUUAUUCUGAAUACUUCAGAACGUAUUUCAAUAAAGCUAGCUGCUGCUGCCCUGUAGUGCAACAAAAUAUUUUAUUCUUAAACAUUUUCUUCUAGUUGUACAACUCAACCCUUGUUGGCUUUUAAUAGCAAUUGGCAGUGAUUACAAAAAAAAAGUUAAAAGGAAACUUUUGAAGACAAAAGCUUCCUGAUUGUGUAGGAUUGUGGAAUGAAUGUAAACACACAUGGGAUUAUUUUAUACUGUCAACUGUUCUCUACAGAAUUGCUUACUCUACGUGUCUAAAUCUUGUAUUUUGCUGCAUCUAAACAAAUGACUAAUUCUUUGCUGAUAUAUUUAACCUACUUUGUGGCAAUACCAAAAUUUGAAGUGUCAAUUGAUAGGAUUUUUGGGUUAGCAGUUACAUGGAUGGAACCUCAUUAAUGCAAUGCAUUUAGUCACUUUAACUAAAAUGAAAUAGCUGACUGCAAAGUUUUAUAUCGUAUUUUCUUCAUAUGCUCAUUCUUCAGGUUUGCGGCUUUUCAAUAUACUUUGAACAGGUUAUGCCCAGAUUUUUGCAAAGUAAAACACUGACAAAUGAAAACUUUUCAGUGUACUAUUUAACAACUAAAUGUUAAAACUGUCAAGAUUUUAUUUUGUCAAUUAAAGUAGAAUUCAAAUACUUUUUCAAAUAGAAUUCAAAUAUUAACCAUGAAAUGUUUCAACAGUGUUUAAGAUGUGUUUUCCUUAUUUUGAUUUGCCUGUAUGCAAAAGGAGCUAGAGAUUCCACUAGCCAUAGUGUGGUAUCACAGUGGUUAUGGAAAUUAGGGGGUAAAUGUAUGAUACUUUAAAAAUAAAAUGACAUAUUUUUCACAAUAAA